GGGAGUGUAGAGAGAGGAUGGAUAGUACCACCGGGGUCUGCUGAGAGCCAUGUUGGAGCUGAAUGAGGAGCUGAGAUGCUGCGCCCCUGAUGCUCACAUCCAGACUCCAGCCGAACGCAGCGUGUAAAUGCGACCGCAGCGGGUCCGCGGACAGACGGGGGAGCCCGGGGGAAGGUGUGGGUUUGAGGCCGUAGAGCUGGCGACCUAGCCGGAAAAGAGGGGGGGAGAGAAACACGCGAUCAGACGGGAAGCGAGAGGGAGAAAGGGGGGGGAAAGGAAGGAUCUUACCAGACUAAUGGCUGCACUGCUUUUGGAAUCUAACCUGCUCUCGAGACUCCUGCUUCUCUUGCUCCUCAGCCUUUUGUGCGCCGAAAGCCAGGGGGGGAGAGCGGGCUCUUGCUGCCAGACCUAUGGCUCGCACCCCGUUCCUGUACACGACAAAAGGCAGAGUUACGGGUGGCUUGCGAUGCUGCUUGGGUGUGAUCCGGAGGUCCAUCCGAGGUGGAUCUUACAGUCGGCGUGUGAUUCCAGAGGAUGCCCGCGAUGGGCCUGUGUUAGGCGCCGAGGAUCUCAUGGGAACAGGCGUAUGGAGAGCAACAGUGCACAAAGAGCAACGGGAGGACAAGCGCCGAGGGAUGCGCUCAGACGUCUCCAGCCAGAGCUCAACAUGAUCAAGCUCUCUGACUAUCCAGCCAUGAGAUCUACAUCUGCUUCUGCAGAAGCUGGCAUUACAAAGCCAAGAGAUAUCAAGCCAAACUUUUCAACAUCAGUGGUGCAGCGGACAGCUCUCGCAAUCCCCGUGUCCUUUUCAGAGAAGCCCUGGAGGAUUACAAGUAAGGCUAAUGAUAUUAAAAUGAAUGGCAGUGGCAUCACCUUCAACACCAAUAACAACAAUAACAACAAUAACAGUGCUGGGCAGAGCCACCGUAGGCAAAAUAAAGAAUUUGGUGCAGGCAGGACACAGGCCAGCCUUCAGGAACGGCCUUGUGGGCCUUCACAGCAGGGGGAUGCCCCUGUGAAGGAGUUCCAUGCCGCGGGCGCUGACAGCUCCACUUGCAACAGCUUAACCACCAGUACGGGAUCCACCCGCCUGCAAUUAAAAACUGCUAACUCGGAGGAAUUACAGAGAAGAGGUGUCAGUCAACAUAGGAAGCAGCUGGGGGGGCAAGCCAAGGGGUUUGGGAGACAAGGCAGGGAGCUGGGGAGGGGGGAGGGACACAGACAGCCGGAUGAGGGAGGGAGGGUAAGUGAUGUCGAGAGAACAGAGUGGAUGGGGUUGGAGACUAGGAGCAGAACAAAGGCAGCAAAAUGGAUAGAUAUGACAGCUGAGAAAGCAGAGGACAAAGGUCAGGAUAGCAGAACCCAGAUAGUGAAAGGCAGAGACUGGGACAGAAAGAGGAUGUGGGGGGUGGGUGAGGAGAGAGCAGGAGGUGGGGAAAAGGUUAUUAAAGGAGACGAGGAAGGGGUGGGAGGAUUUAUAAACGGACAGGACACCCAGAAAGACUUCCCCAAUGCAUCCAGCCGAUAUCGCCGUGCAGCCAACCGACACCCCCACUUCCAGCAGUAUAAUUAUCAGGUCCAGGUGGCCGAAAACCAGCCCCCGGGUACCUCAGUGAUAACGAUGGUAGCACAGGACCCUGAUCCAGGGGAGGCAGGAAGGCUCAGCUACAGCAUGGCUCCGCUCAUGAACAGCAGAUCCAUGGACUUGUUCCGCAUGGAUCCAACCACCGGCAUGCUCACCACCACCAAGGUGCUUGACCGUGAGGUCAUGGACCAGCAUUACUUCCGAGUCACUGCUGUGGACCAUGGCUCGCCGCGGCUUUCUGGGACCACCAUGGUUGCCAUAACGGUUUCGGACCGCAAUGACCACUCGCCCGUGUUCGAGCAGAGCGAGUACCGGGAGACAAUCCGGGAGAACGUAGAAGAGGGAUACCCCAUUCUGCAGCUGCGUGCUACUGAUCUGGACGCCCCCUCAAACGCAAACAUCCGUUAUCGCUUUGUGGGGAAUGCUUCGGCUGUGCGUACUGCUUUCGAUAUUGACCCCCGGUCUGGGCUCAUCACCACACGGGGUCCUGUUGACCGGGAAACCACCGAGAGCUACACCUUGCAGGUGGAGGCCAGCGAUCAAGGGAGGGAUCCCGGUCCCAGGUCCUCCAAUGUGAGGGUCUUCAUCACUGUCCUGGAUGAGAACGAUAACGUGCCGCAAUUCAGCGAGAAGCGGUAUGUGGUGGCGGUCCGUGAGGACGUGAGGUCACACUCCGAGAUCCUCCGUAUCAGCGCCACAGACCGGGACAAGGACAACAAUGCCGCUGUACACUACAACAUCAUCAGCGGAAACAGUCGCGGGCAGUUUUCCAUCGACAGUGUCACCGGGGAGAUCCAAGUGGUGGCGCCAUUAGACUUUGAGACAGAACGGGAAUAUACACUCCGAGUGCGCGCACAAGAUAACGGGCGCCCCCCGCUCUCCAACAACACGGGCAUCGUAAGCGUGCAGGUGACCGACGUCAAUGACAAUCCUCCCAUAUUCGUGUCCACGCCAUUCCAAGCUUCUGUCCUGGAGAGUGCCCCUGUAGGGCACUCCAUCCUACACAUCCAGGCCAUCGACACAGACUCAGGUGACAACGCCCGGCUUGAAUACCGCCUCACAGGCACGAGCUCCGACACCCCUUUUGUGAUCAACUCGGCCACGGGCUGGGUGACGGUCAGCUUGGCACUUGACCGCGAAGCCGUGGAACAUUACUUCUUUGGGGUAGAAGCCCGGGACUAUGGCGUUCCAUCUCUCUCCGCAUCUGCCAGCGUCACUGUCACCGUGAUGGACGUCAAUGACAAUCGGCCGGAGUUCCUUCAGAAGGAGUACUAUUCGCGGCUGAAUGAGGACGCGGCGGUGGGCACCAGUGUGGUCAGUGUGACCGCUGUUGAUCGUGACGUUAACAGUGCCGUCACCUACCAGAUCACUGGAGGGAACACGCGUAACCGCUUCGCCAUUAGCACCGUGGGUGGGGCCGGGCUCCUCUCAUUGGCACUGCCCCUGGACUACAAACAGGAGCGGCGUUACGUGCUGACUGUCACUGCCUCUGACCGCACGCUGUAUGACACAUGUCAGGUGCACAUAAACAUCACCGAUGCCAACACUCACCGGCCUGUGUUUCAGAGUGCCCACUACUCCGUGAGUAUCAACGAAGACCGGCCUUCUGGCAGCACAGUUGUGGUCAUCAGUGCGACCGAUGAGGAUAUAGGGGAGAAUGCUCGCAUUACGUACUUCUUGGAAGACAACAUUCCACAAUUCCGGAUUGACCCGUCGAGCGGUGCCAUCACGUUGCUCACUGAACUGGACUACGAGGACCAGAUGACCUACACGCUGGCCAUCACUGCACGCGACAACGGCAUCCCGCAGAAGUCUGACACCACCUAUGUGGAGGUCAACGUUAAUGACGUCAAUGACAAUGCGCCUCAGUUCCUCAGCCCACGCUACCAAGGCACUGUGACUGAGGAUGCCCCACCCUUCACCAGUGUGCUCCAGAUCUCUGCAAACGAUCGCGAUGCCCAUACAAAUGGCCGUGUGCAGUACACCUUCCAGAACGGUGAAGAUGGCGAUGGAGACUUUACCAUUGAGCCCACGUCAGGCAUCGUUCGCACUGUUCGACGUCUGGACCGUGAGAGUCUCCCCUUUUACGAGUUGACCGCCUAUGCAGUAGACCGUGGGAUCCCUCCCCAGCGCACGCCCGUGCACAUCCAAGUCACCGUGCUUGACGUCAAUGACAAUGCUCCAGUUUUCCCGGCAGACGAUUUUGAGGUCCUAGAAGAAAACAGUGCCGUUGGGUCUGUCGUCGCCCAGAUUACCGCCAAUGACCCUGAUGAGGGGCCCAAUGCUCAGAUAAUGUACCAGAUAGUGGAAGGAAAUAUCCCAGAGAUAUUUCAGAUGGACAUUUUCUCUGGAGAGCUGACCUCUCUCAUUGACCUGGACUACGAGGUGCGUUCUGAGUAUGUGAUAGUGGUGCAGGCCACUUCUGCCCCACUAGUCAGCCGAGCCACGGUUCGAAUCCGCCUUGUGGAUCAGAAUGACAAUGGGCCCCAGCUGCAAAACUUCCAGAUCAUCUUCAACAACUUUGUGUCGAACCGGUCCAACAGCUUUCCAAGCGGGGUCAUCGGGAGGGUCCCCGCUCAUGACCCUGAUGUCUCCGAUCGCCUCUAUUAUUCCAUCGAUCGUGGCAACGAGCUGCACCUACUGCUGCUGAACCACAGCAGUGGGGAGAUCCGCCUCAGCCGCAAGUUGGACAACAACCGACCUCUGGUGGCCACCAUGCUGAUUUCCGUCACAGAUGGAAUCCACAGUGUGUCAGCGCAAUGUGUUCUGCGGGUGCUAAUCAUCACCGAAGACAUGCUGAGCAGUAGUGUGACCGUGCGCCUACAGAACAUGUCCCAGUACCGCUUCCUGUCCCCGCUGCUGGGCCAGUUCCUGGAAGGUGUGUCCGCCGUUUUGUCUGUGCCCCCCGAGGAUGUCUACGUCUUCAACGUUCAGCCCGACAGCGGGGCGGAGGGCGUCCUCAACAUCAGCUUCUCGGCGGCCCUUCCCGGGGGCAGCUUCUUCCCAUCGGAGGCCCUGGAGGAGCAGCUGUAUCUCAGUCGACCGCGACUCACGUCGCUGGCCCAGAUGGAGGUCCUCCCGUUCGACGACAACGUGUGCUUGCGUGAGCCCUGCCAGAACUACAUGAAAUGCGUGUCGGUGCUGCGCUUCAAUAGCUCCGCCCCCUUCCUAUCCUCGCCCUCUGUCCUCUUCCGGCCCAUCCACCCCAUCGCCGGCCUGCGCUGCCGCUGUCCGCCCGGCUUCACCGGUGACUACUGCGAGACCGAAAUCAACUUGUGCUACUCUAAUCCCUGCCUUAAUGGGGGCGUGUGCGCCCGACGAGAGGGCGGGUACACCUGCAUUUGCCAUGAAGACUUCACAGGCGAGCGCUGCGAGUGGAAUAGGCGUCAGGGCCGCUGUGUGCCGGGGGUCUGUCGUAACGGGGGCACGUGCCGGGAGUUGUCUGGGGGUGGCUUCCGCUGCGAGUGCCCCGCGGGGGGUUAUGAGCGCCCCUAUUGUGCGGUCACCGCCCGCUCUUUCCCCCCCAAAUCCUUCAUCAUGUUCCAUGGGCUCCGGCAGAGGUUCCAUCUCUCCAUCUCCCUUUCGUUUGCCACACUAGAGAGACGUGCCCUGCUCCUGUAUAAUGGCCGGUUUAACGAGAAGCAUGACUUCUUGGCGUUGGAGAUCCUGGAUGGGCAGGUGCAUCUAAAAUACUCCACAGGUGAAUCGUCCACCCAGGUGAGCCCUUAUGUGCCAGGAGGUGUGAGCGAUGGCAACUGGCACACCGUUCACAUCCACUAUUCCAACAAGCCCAAGCAGAGCGUGAGCGGAGAGAGCCUGGGCCCCUCGAAUGAGAAGGUGGCUGUGUUGAGCGUGGACGACUGUGACACAGCAGUGGCCCUCAGGUUCAGCCAGCAGCUGGGAAACUACAGCUGUGCUGCACAGGGCAGGCAGACCAGCUCCAAAAAAUCUUUGGAUCUCACGGGGCCCCUCUUUUUGGGCGGGGUUCCCAACCUGUCAGAGAACUUCCCCUUCGUCACCCGGGAGUUCAUUGGCUGCAUGAAGGACCUGCACAUUGACAGUCGCUCCCUGGACCUGGCGAACUACAUCGCUAACAACGGCACGCUCCCCGGCUGCAGUGCCAAGCUGCCAUUCUGCAAGUCGAAUCCCUGCCAGAACGGAGGCACCUGCAGAGUGAGCUGGGAGACCUUCUCCUGUGACUGUCCCGUGGGAUUCGGGGGAAAGGACUGUAGCUCCGUCAUGAGCCACCCGCACCAUUUCACGGGAAACAGCGCCCUCUGGUGGGACCUGAAGAAUGACAUUACCAUCUCCACGCCUUGGUACCUGGGGCUGGUGUUCCGCACGCGUACCCCGGACGGCGUGCUCCUGCAGGCCCAGGCCGGGCAGUACACCAGCCUGCUCUUCCAGCUGGUGACGGGGCACCUCGUGUUCUCGGUGAGCCGCGGAUCCACACGCCCGGUGCGCCUGCGCCUCGACCAGUUGCAGGUGAACGACGGCCGCUGGCACGACCUGCAGCUGGAACUGCGCGACGUGCACAGCGGCCGCGACACACGCUAUGUGGCCACCGUGCGCCUCGACUUCGGCCUCUUCCAGGGAACGGUGAUCGUGGGAAAUGAGAUCCACGGCCUGAAGGUGAAGCACCUGCACGUGGGCGGAGUCCUGGGUGCGGGGGAGGUGCAGAAUGGUGUAAGGGGGUGCAUUCAGGGUGUGCGUUUAGGGGUGCGGCCAGACCCGCCCCCGCUGCCCCGGCCGACUCGAGCACUGAAGGCCGAGGCUGGGUGCAACGUGGGGAACCCUUGUGUCUCCUCCCCCUGCCCCGCCCACAGUCGCUGCAGCGAUGAAUGGGAGGGCCAUGUCUGCGUGUGCGAGUCAGGUUACUACGGUAAAAGCUGCACCAAUGCCUGCGAGCUGAACCCCUGCGAGAACAACGCCAAGUGCCACCAUAAGCCAGCCUCCUCCCACGGCUACAUGUGCGACUGCGGGGACAACCACUACGGCCAGUACUGCCAGCACAAGAGCGACCAGCAGUGCCCACGUGGCUGGUGGGGCAGUCCUACAUGUGGACCAUGCAACUGUGAAACCAGCAAGGGCUUUGACCCGGACUGCAACAAGACCAACGGGCAGUGCCACUGCAAGGAAUUCCACUAUCGCCCACGAGGAACCGAGUCCUGCCGGCCCUGCGACUGUUACCCCGUGGGCUCCUUCUCACGGUCAUGUGACCUGGAGAGCGGCCAAUGCCAGUGCCGGCCGGGCGUGAUUGGCCGCCAGUGCAACGCGUGUGACAACCACUUUGCCGAGGUCACCCAAUCAGGCUGCGAGAUCAUCUAUGACGGCUGUCCGAAGACCGUCACGCUUGGAAUAUGGUGGCCCAGAACUAAGUUCGGCCUGCCUGCGGCUGUGUCGUGCCCCAAGGGCUCCAUGGGUACAGCGAUCCGGCACUGUGAUCCGGAAAGGGGCUGGCUGGUCCCCGAUCUCUUCAACUGCACCUCUCCCUCCUUUGUGGAACUGAAUGCAGCGCUGGAGUCUGUGGAGAGAAAUGAGACGGACCUUAGCACCAUCGUGGAGAAGAAGCUCGCCUAUCAGCUGCGCGACGUCACCGAGGCAACACCCCGUCUCUAUGGCAACGACCUGCAGAUUGCAGACCGGCUGCUUUCCCGUCUGCUGAACUUUGAGAAUCAGCAGAACGGGUUUGGCCUGACUGCCACGCAGGAUGCCCAUUUCAACGACAAUGUCCUGCGUGGCUGCAGUGCCUUGCUGGGGUUGGGCACCGCAGGGCUGUGGAGAGGCCAGGGUGUCGUUGGCGAGCGAGGGGCCGGGGGUUUGGUGGAGCUGCUGGAAGACUACACUCGCACCCUCGCCCAGAACAUGAAGCUGACUUACCUGAACCCUGUGGCCCUAGUGACACCCAAUAUUGUGAUGAACCUGGACCGCGUGGAGAACCACACUCACGUCCGCAGGCGCUUUCCCCGUUACCACAAUGGUCUCUUCCGAGGACAGACACUCUGGGAUCCACACACACAUGUGGUGCUGCCCCCUACUGCCCUGGUGCCACAAGGACAGUCAGCUCUUCCCAGCCCUCAUCCCGCCCAAGUGAGCAUCCCAGCCAAUCACAGCUCUGAAGUAACCCCCCUUAAGCGACCUGUUUUGCUGCCCGACCCGCCCGUCAGCAUCGUGAUCUUGCUGAUCUACCGGAGCCUGGGCGCCGUGCUUCCCGCCAAGUAUCACGCGGAUCGCCGCGGUGUCAGGCUGCCCCGCCACCCUGUGAUGAACUCACCCGUCGUCAGCGUGUCUGUCUAUAACAACCGCUCGUUCGUCGAGGGCCUGCUGGAGUCACCCCUGCUGCUGGAAUUCCGCCUGCUGGAGACGUCCAAUCGCAGCAAGCCGCUGUGCGUGCAGUGGAAUCACAGCCGGCAGGCCGACACUGGGGGCUGUUGGACUGUGAAGGACUGCACUGUGGUGUACAGGAACACGUCGCAUGUGAGAUGCCAGUGUCAGAGGCUGGGCACCUUUGGGGUGCUGAUGGACAGCUCUCAUCGCGAGCAGCUGGAGGGGAACCUGGAGACGCUGGCGAUCGUGACCUACUCGUCACUGUCCACAUCUCUGCUGGCCCUGCUGAUUACUGUCGUCGUGUUGUCCUGCCUACGUGGCCUCAAGUCCAACACCCGCAGCAUCCACUCCAACAUGGCCGCUGCCACCUUCCUGUCCGAGCUUGUUUUCCUGCUGGGCAUCAACCAAACUGAGCAGCAGUUCCUGUGCACCGUCAUCGCCAUCCUGUUGCAUUACUUCUUUAUGUCCACCUUCGCCUGGCUCUUUGUGGAGAGUCUGCACAUCUAUCGCAUGCAGACCGAGGCGCGCAACAUUGACCACGGCGCCAUGAGGUUCUACUACGCCAUUGGCUGGGGUGUCCCCGCCAUUAUAACAGGCCUGGCUGUGGGACUGGAUCCCGAGGGCUACGGAAACCCUGACUUCUGCUGGAUUUCUGUCCAAGACAAACUCAUCUGGAGCUUUGCUGGACCCAUCGGGAUUGUUAUUGUGAUGAAUGGCGGAAUGUUUCUGAUUGUGGCACGAAUGUCCUGCAGUCCAACUCAGAAAGAGACCAAAAAACAAUCUGUGCUUACCACAGUACGCAACGCCUUCAUAGUACUCCUUCUGGCCACUUCCUCCUGGUUCUUUGGUCUUAUGGCUGUCAAUAACAGUGUUCUGGUCUUCCACUACCUCUUCACUGUACUGUGCUGUCUGCAGGGUCUGGCAGUGCUCCUGGUUUUCUGUCUGCUGAACUCGGAGGUGCAGGAGGCCUGGAAGUUGGCCUGUUUGGGGAAGAAAAGCUUGAAUGAAGACCCUCCUCGUGCCCCGCAGAUCACAGGUCCGACCUACAACGGUGCCUCUCUACUGGAGCAGAGUGGACUCCAUCGUAUCACACUGGGGACAUCCACUAUCUCGUCCGUCAGCAGUGCACGAGAAAACCUUCUGGCUCGACAGACUCUGGAGCACAACCUGGGCCAUACGGGUGCCACUGACUUGGAUGUGGCUAUGUUUCACCGGGACAAAGGUGAUGAUUCCGACUCAGAUUCUGACCUUUCUCUGGAUGAAGAGCGCAGUCUGUCCAUCCCGUCCUCUGAGAGCGAGGACAACGUGCGCCUCCGUGGCCGCAUCCAGCGGCGCUUCAAGCGCACUAAUCACAGCGAGCGGCUGCUCACUGAGCCCACCCAGAACGGCACCAAAGACCUGGAUGGCAAUGACCUGCUCUCCUAUUGGCCAGCGUUGGAGGAGUGCGAGGUCCACUCGCUACAGAAGUGGGGCUCAGAGCGUCGCCUGGGGGUCGACUACAGUAAGGAUGCCGCCAACAACAAUCAGCUCGACGCGGCCCUGACCAGCGGGGAUGAGAACGGGCUGUCGCAGACACACCGCAGCCGCAGGGGGAUCCUGAAGAACCGCUUGGGCUGUCCCCCGGCGCUGCAGGGCUUGUCCUCCAUGGGGAACGUGCCGAACGAGCUCUCUUGGUACCGCACGUCUACUCUGGGUCACCGGGCGGUGCCGGCAGCUUCGUAUGGCCGCAUGUACUCCGGGACGGGCUCCCUGUCCCAGCCCGCCUCCCGCUACUCCUCUCGGGAGCACCUGGACUCCAUGGCACGGCGCCAGUUCUCCCGUGACCCGUUGUGCCGGCAGGUGGGCGGGGGCUCGCGGGACCGCCUGGAGCACACGGCCCAUAGUCAGCACGGUUCUCGUGAGAACCUGGACCUGCUACCCCGGCGCCGCGAUCCGGGCCUAGAGCGGGCCUCGCGGGAGAACCUGAGUGGCUCUCGUGACAGGCUGGACCCCCGGAGUGUCCAUGCCUCGCGCGAGGACCUAAGGGAGGGCCAGCUGGCCGGGUCCCGCUCGCAGCUCAACACGCUGCUACGCAGGCAGUUCUCCCGGGAGCUCCUGGGGGGGCCUCUGAUGGGCACACGCUCACGGGAACAGUUGGAGUCUGGUGCGGGGGGCGGGGGGGUCCAGCCCUGCAGGGAGUGGCUCCGGACCUUGCCCCCCCGCCAGGCCUCGCACCCUGAGCAGUCUCUCCCGCCCAGCCCUCCGCCACCCAUUGCCGAGCAGCUGGAGCCACAGGACCCCACCCCGCCUUGUAGGUACCCACCCCAUCAAGCCCCACCCAGUCGGCACACGUCCAAUGAGCACCUGGACGUCCUCUCUUCCAUCUUGGCCUCCUUCAGCUCGUCCGUGCUCGCCCCCCCAAGCCCAGCCUUGGGGCCAUCCCCCUCUCCCCCUCACUCCGCUACCUCCCACAGCAUCUCUGAAAUCUCGCCCGACUCGGAAGUCCACAGAAGUGAAGGACAGUCUUGACUCCCGAUCUCUCCCAUGCGUCAUCUCUGUACCACCACGUCUGGGAAAGAACGUGAACUACCGAGGCACCCUGGGAUACCGGAGGACUUUCGCAGGGAGAGGAGCUGAGGUCUGAAGCGGAGCAGCAUGUGGCGUGGUUGGAUGUUGUGCGGAAAAGCGCCGAGCAGAAUGUGGAAAAGCAGGGGGCGUCCGACGUGGGUGUGGGCAGCCGGGGUGGGCGGAAGGGGCCGGGCUGGGCUCCCCCGUUUUUGGAAGGCAGAAAAGGAGAGCUGUCCAGUGUUUACAUAGUGCGCUAACCAUAAUCACAGGGGCGGGAAAUGGAAGCCACCAAGUUCGCAGCCUGAUGCACCGUGACCUCAGAUUUUAUAUGUGAUUGAGGAACAGGGAGGAAUGAUUCACAGAAGAAGCUGUAAAUAACUUUUUAUACGUUUUGUAUCUUUUUCAUCAGAGAUGAAAAAAAAAAUUCUAAUGUGUUGUUUUAAAAACUGUGUUGAAGAUACUGUCCAGCAAGGGGGAUAGAGACAGGUAAGAAAUGGGAUUAUUUGGCCUUUGGAUCCAAACCAAUUCCCCAGCCCCAUUUAGGUCUGAUUCUGUUACCACUUACCUGUAACCAUAACCUCAACACAAACAUAGAAUGGCUGUCUUACAUCUGCAUUUUCUUCUCUUUAGUAGUAGUUCCCAGGCAGCUGUAUUGAUUAACGGUCAGGGCUCUGGUAUAGGAGGAUGGACAGGUGUACAGUACGGACUGUUUUUGUGUGUGUGACCGUGAUUUGUGGUUGGGGUUGUAGGAUCGGGGACUCUGGUUGAGGGACAGUUUGACCAAUGUGACGGAAAAGUGUUGUAGAAAAGGGCGUGUCCCUCCAUUUGCCCCGCCUCAUUUCACACGGGCAGGGGCAGCCGGUGUUUUUUGGUAAUGUAAGUACUCGAUAACGCAGGCAUCAAAGUCCUGCUUCUGAAUGUUGCUCGAAAACGCUGUACUAACUACACUUUGUUAAACACGAUGUGACCUCUGAAUUCCUCUGACUUUGGCUCCAGACGACACUGAUAAUAUGCUGAAACGAGAUGAAGUCGACACAAUGCACCAAAUCGCUUCCCUUUGUUAAGGUUCAAACUCUGCAGCCUUAUCUUUAGAAAAGCGAAGUCUUGAGGCAUCCAAUAUUAAUGUGAUUCACUAGAGAAGUCAAUGAUGAUUGUUUAUUUCAACUCUAUUCUUUUUAAUGUGACUUGGCUUAAAGAAAACCAAAGGAUAGAGGAACAGAGGGUAGAAUUAAGAAAAAGUAUUUUAAAAAAUUGGAAUGAUGUAUCACUGCAAGGAGUGAAAGAGGAAAAACAUACACACAAGCACGCCGGGUUAGGGCAGGGCUAGAGAAUACUGUUCUCUAUAGACACACGCCCACACACUAAUGAUUGUGUGUCCGUCACCUUCAGCAUGUACAGACGAUAUUUAUUUAUAUAUUUUGAUAUUUGCAAAUUUUAUUUAUUUCUUUAUCUUUCAUGCUGUAUGCAUGAACCUGUGAAACAUCUUAAGGCUGUGAGUGGGCUGGCUCAGGUGAAGUGAUUCAUUUGCCCUGAUGCAGCCUGACAGGGAGUUUCAGUUUGGGGGGAGAGGUUAUUAUUUAGCUGGAAUGAAAAGCAAAUUGGGAGAGAGAGAGAGAGUCCAUUACUUUAUCUUUUGGUUUGGGCUGUGUGGCUCUCACACAGGAAAGCAUUCUCCUCAGUUACCGUGGACACUGUACAAGAAAAAAUGUUGGACAUUAAAAAGAAUGAAUCAUUCCUAUAA